ACGGAAUUAUGCAAGCAUAUUUGGCUUCUGAUAAGAUGCUUUGAAACCAUAAAAUGUCGGUAAUGUUAAGCUCAGAUCUUGAGGCAUUUACUGCAUGAAGUCCCCCAUCUGGAAUCUGGGCGUGAAAAGGGGACUUCAUACAUAAUGCAAAAGUGCAAAAGCAGAGAUUUAUUUUGUUGAUGAAAAGCUUUUCUUCACUCUCUUUUCUGUUUUGUUAAAGUGUCUCCACCUUUCCAAGCCCCAGGGGUCCUCAAUGCUUGUUUUUCCAUACGCGAACACGUUAUCCACAACUCAGCGGUUAACUUGAAAAAUUUUAGGACAUUUUUAAAUCCAAUAUGGCGGACACGUUGUACCCUUUCUUUAUACUGUGGCUCGCCUAUGUCGUUCUAAUUAUAAUUUUUAUUGUUAUUCCCGCUGCUUUAAACAUUUCGUUAGGUGCAAGACAGUGGUAUACGCGAUUUUUGGUAAAGAUCAUCAAGUAUGGAAGAAGUUCAAUGGAAUCAAAUAAUAUGGUUCUCAUAGAAAAAGAAGGUGACUCCCUUAAUGAAAGAGGAAAAAUUCCUAGAAAUAGAUCUAUUGCAACGCUACAAAGAGAGUUUAAGAUGACAGAUGCCUGUGAUUUUCUCAGAAGUGGGACUGAGGCAAUUAUUGAUGAUGAAGUAACAAUUAGGUUUAAUGCUGAAGAGUUGGAGAAUUGGAAUCUUUUGAUGAGAAAUAAUACAUGCAAAGAUAUGGGAUUAAAAGUGACCACUAUUUGGGCGAUUGGUUUAUUUGUAAGAUAUGUUGUGUUUCUUCCUGUAAGGGUGACAUUGGCCGCCUUUGGAGUUUUAUUCAUUGCAGCCACAGCUCGCCUCAUUGGUUACUUACCACAAAACAAUUUUAAAAAGUUUUUAUCACGGAAAGCAAUGCUAGUUGGUUUCAGAAUUCUGGCUCGUGGUUUAUCAGCCGUAAUAAAUUUUCAUAAUAGAAAAAACAAAGCCAAGGGUGGUGGAACAUGCGUAGCGAACCACACAUCACCGAUUGAUGCCAUUAUGCUGGCCUGUGAUGGAAACUAUUCUUUUGUUGGCCAAAACCAAGGUGGUCUCUUUGGCUUUAUGCAAAAAUCUUUGUCGAACGUGCAAGAUCAUAUUUGGUUUGAAAGAUCUGAAAUGAAGGACCGGUUAACCGUGGCGAAGAGGCUGCGAGAACAUGUUGAAGAUCCGAAUAAAGACCCCAUGCUUAUAUUCCCAGAAGGAACUUGCAUCAAUAACACCUCCGUUAUGAUGUUCAAGAAAGGCAGUUUUGAAAUCGGCGGAACGAUUUAUCCUGUCGCAAUAAAGUAUGACCCGCUUUUUUCGAACGCAUUCUGGAAUUCAAGUCAAUAUUCUAUGGUUCAUUACUUGCUGGAUAUCAUGUCAAGUUGGGCGUUGGUCUGUGACGUUUGGUACCUCCCCCCCGUGACAAGACACGAAAAUGAAACUGCCAUUCAGUUUGCGAACAGAGUGAAAGCUGAUAUCGCAAGACAGGGGGGACUGGUCGAUUUAAUAUGGGAUGGUCAGCUGAAGAGGACGAAGGUAAAACCUGAACUAAGGCAACAGAAACAGGAAGACUUCGCCCAAAUGCUCAAAAUUGAUUAAUAAAAAAUGAAGGUAACACUAAGUAUAACAAUACCUGGCUUCGUAGACCGCCGGGGACCUUCGGAGGGGCCCGGGUAAGAUAAGUUUUAGCGUAGUUUUCAUCAGGUGAAUGAAAUCUUUGAUUGCAUACCUAACAGCGCCUCAGCUCAACUUUGAAGAAGCUCCUUCACAGUCGAGCAAUUAAUAAUCCUUGACAAAUUUCCUAUCAAAUUUUAUUUCCUUGCUGUCGCGAAUAUUUCAUGGGAAUUGAUUGAAGGCAUCGAAUAAAUAUGGUUGAAAGUGUUUGAAGCUGGAGGUGAUACUCGAACAAAAAUCAUAAACAACUCUUCUAGUUUUAAACAUGAACCAAAGCAGUAGUAAAAUGUGCAACUAUUUGCGGCAGGAAUCGAAAAGCUUGUUUAUGUCCAUGGAGCCAACUUUAAGGUGGUUAUGCAAUGUAGUAAAAGAUUUAAAGGUGCCCUACGAAGGUGUGAGCAAAUGUUACACACUGGACUAUUUCACAUCAGUUUCCAUGACGUGAUCACGACAGCGGUGAUUGAUUCAAAAUUCAAAAAACGAAAGCAAACGUAUUAUCCAAAAUUUACCCAUCAUGCAAACGUAGGUGUAAUCAAUUUGAAAAAUUGCUUUUAUAGUAUAUUAACAAUCAUACCCCAGGAUACUUGUUCUGUCCAGUGUUCGCAGAGCGAAUAUCCUGGGAACGAGGUACGAUUCUAUAUUAUAGCACAAGAAAACAUUGACAUAAUAUAAUAAUUUAAGUGUAGCUAUAAUUGUAAUAAUAGACGUUUUCUACAGUACAUGAUGGCUCAAAUGCAUUGUCAAGAUGUUUAUCAUGAUUUUUAAAGCUUUUGAGAAUCAGGGGUGAUAUUCAUUUAUCACGAACAUUCUCACUACCCUAAAAAUUUCUUGAACAUAAAGCGUUUUGACUUUAGGAAUACCAAAGGUUUAAAUAGAUAUACUUAAUUUAUUAAUCUUCCUUAAUGUUUAUCUUUCUUUUCCAAGCUCAGCAUAAUUUGAGUCCAGUAAUAUGAUCUAAAUACAACUUGAAAUUCGGGAUUAAGAUAGCUUCGUAAUUACACUGGGUGUUUGCGAACUUCGAGUCUUAAUUGAAUUCCAAUUGAACUAAUAAACAGUCCCGCCUUCUAAUUAGUUCGAUUGAAAUCCCAGGUAUCAAGGUUGCGCAAACAAACUCCACGUCUUUGCAAAGCAAUUGUUGAUGAAUUAGAAAGAGGAUCAAGUUGGUAUUAACGAGUAAUUCGUCUUAAUCGCAUUUUAGAAGCACAUUUUCAGCU